GUGAUUGCUUUCAAAUAACUUCCAAGGUUCUACCUGAAUCAGCUGCACAGGUCCCUGUUCCUUCCUAUUCACCACAACACUACGCAGCGAUGGAAACAGACUCGUUGUCUACACACGAGAUUGGCGAAGGACUCCCCGUGUUAAUAAUCCAUGGAUGGGAGAUGGAUGGAAAGGUCGAGGAGCGGGACUUCGAGCCGAUUUUCACCAAAGCACCCGGAUUUCGCCGAAUCUACGUGGACCUUCCAGGCAUGGGCACAACACCGGCGAAUAAUGUCAAAGACCUGGACGAUAUGCAUCUCCGCCUGGUGCAAUUCAUCGAUGCUCGGCUGGGGAAGUCCAAAUUCUUGCUUGUCGGUUCGUCAUGUGGUGGCUACCUCGCCCGUGCACUCGCUCAGAAAUACGUCGAACAAGUCGAUGGUUUACUACUGCGAGUGCCGCUUAUCGAACCAAAGGACGGCUUGCGCGAUCUCGAUACUUUUCAACCGUUGGUUCGAAACGAGCAACUCAUGUCGAGCAUGCCAAGCGAGGACAAAGCACUUCUCGGAGACGUUCUCAUCCAAACACCUGCUUAUGUCAAGUCUCUCAAGGCAAAAUAUGAAGAGGCUGUCCUUCCAGCAUCAAAAGCGGCAGACAAAGAAGCGCUGGAUCCGAUUCGGGCAGACCCACGGCGAUACCAGAUAUCUCUCGCUUCAGGCAAUAAGCAUCCCAAGUUGCUCGCACCCACACUUAUUAUAUGUGGUCGGCAUGACGAGGCCGUGGGCUAUCGAGACAGCCUCCGCCUGCUGGAGCUCUACCCGCGAUCAACCUAUGUUGUUCUGGACCGCGGUACACAUGCCAUUCCUGUUGACGAAAAUGGGCUUUUUGAGGCUCUUGUUCGUGAUUGGUUAACUCGGGUUGAUGAGUGGCGAGGUUGUACAGAGAGAUAAGAGCAUCUGUGAAACAUCGUCAAACUUUCGUUCCUCAAGGUACCUCUGGCAACUAGCGCCGGGCACUGGUUGCGCUUCCUGUCUCGUCUCGUUUCUGGAGGCCCUACAUCUGUCAGAAGAGGUAAAAGAACCCUCGCAGCCACAAAGCCACAGCCACAAGGCCCGAUAAAGAGGGCUGACAUGAGUUAAAUUGGUUCCCCAGGUCGUGAUAUGAUUGGACAGGUAAUAGUUACUACAGUUUCAUAUCGCCCUAAAUUAGUCUGGUCAGAGCGUCGGCUUCUGAGUGGAAAAUGCACAAUGUAUGGGCAUAGAUGCGCAACACUGCAACACUCUUCCCUGACCGGCUUAGCAAAC